CGUGAUCGGCGAUCCCCCUCUUCGUCGCUACUGUGACGUGCGGUCGGUCCAGAUCGGAGGAACGACGCAUGUCAUGUCGAUAUUACAAAUACCUGGUACAAAUACUACCUAGGUCCAUACUACAGCAAUCCUUCUACAGAAAGAUUUGUAUUAUUUUACAGGAAACCUUCAGUGGUGUUGUUAUUGGUUUAACCCUGUUUGCUUCCUCGGCACUAGAGACAGGCACUAGCUAUGGCGGAUCACCCGAUCGGCUGCAAUUGACAGCAAUCCAUGUAAUGUUGGACAAGAACUCUUUAGGAUCCUGUGCGGUACUUUAGUUGCCUCCUGUAUGUUGUCGAUCAUCCAGCCAGUUGGUAAAACUCUGAUUCAUACCUAUUCCUAUAUUCUAAUGUGAUAUCCUAUAUAUUAUAUGUAGUACUACAUAUCUAUCAUCAAUGCAGAAUUGAUUAUUAUAGAACAUAGAAAAGUCCUCUG